AUGGCCAGCUUCGGCGGUUUGUUCAACCCAAGCGUCUUGCCAGUUGUUGCGCCAGGCAGCGCACUCGAGUUUCCGGACGGUGUCUCCUGCAAGAAGACGAAGGACUGGAUUUCUCGCCUGUAUGCGGAGCCUACGGGCGGGAGGGUAGCUUUCCUCGGUGAAGCGCAUCGUCCAAACCGCAGGCGUUUGCAUGGCGAUCGUCCACUCUCGCGCCGACAAGACGAUGAUGGCGAUCUACUUUCGGGUCUGGAAGAAAUCAACUUUUCGGAGGGUCUUCAAGUAGAUUCUACUUUCGCUAACUCAGAAAACGCGCCCCUCAGGCUCCCUUCUGCUCGUCUCGGACCGAAGACCCGCCGGACAGCUUUUGCGCUCCCUCCAGUACCGGGUCCCUCGUCAUCGAAACAGUCGGGGACAUUGUUGACAGCCUUCGCGUUUGCGAAGACAAGGCUCCCGCCCCCUCCCGCGAGCGGCUUCCACGUGCGCAUGCGCACAAUAUUUGUCCCGUACUUCCUGCUCCAGCGCGACGGGCAAGAGAAGCGCAAGAUCAUCAACACUACCACUGCUGGGACGGCCGAUGAAUGUGAUGGCGACGAUGUCGAUGUCGAGACGCGCGAGCAGCGCAAGGCAGGCAACGAAGGGCACGCCGUCGUGCUCGCCGUCUAG